CUCACUCUUGAAAAUGACUAGUACUUGUUUUCUUUCUUCUUUCGCUAUUGCAUCUUCUCUCUCUCCCGUCUUUCUCGUGAAGCUAGUACACACUUUCACUCUCUAUUCUCUAUUUUCUCUUUCCUUUUUCGUUCAUGCCGCUUGUCCUUCACUGUAAGUUCUAAAUCUUAGUGUUUACUGUUUACUUAUUUAAGCACAUACUUCCAAUCUUUUUCUUUCUUUCCUUUUUCUUUUUGUUUUCUGGAGAAACCCUAGAAACCCAGUACUUGCUUUGAUUUAUUGUUUUACUGGCUUGUCAUUCAUGAUUUUUCAUUUUCAAUGCUAAAGAUUUGAUUUCGAUUGCAUACUGGGUAUCAAGGUAUGUGUAACUUGUUUGAGCUGAUGUGGGUUUAGUAUUAUAAGCUUUGUACUUAAAUGACUGUUUAGCAUUUUAAUUUUUAAGCUUACAGUGUUCAAGAACUGGACAGUUUUUAAUUAGGGUUAAAUAAAUUAGGUAGGGAAGUGGGCAUGGUGGGUAAAGAGGAUGAAACUAUUUCAUGGGGUCAAUAUGAAGUUUGCAAUAGCGCCCCCAAAAAAUUUUGGAGGUCGGCAUCCUGGUCUUCGUCUAGAACUGCCUCCCAUAACCCUGAUAAUGAUGGUGUUGAUCCACAUGGGAAUGCGGGGAGCAAUGGUAUCCAAGCGCGAAGGUUUACUGCUCCGUUAACUCCUCGUUCCCAACAAAAUUGUAAAGCUAGAUCAUGUUUACCCCCGUUACAGCCCCUUUCCAUUGCUCGAAGGAGCUUGGAUGAAUGGCCUAAGGCUGGCUCAGAUGAUAUUGGAGAGUGGCCUGGACCACCUACUCCUAGUGGUAGAGAUAUGAAUAAGGGUGGGGAAAGGUUGAAGCUUGAUAUGUCGGUUAUUCAGACGAAUUCAGAUAGGAAUGGGGGCUUUGUUAAGAAAGAUAAGAUCGCAUUCUUUGAUAAAGAAUGCUCUAAGGUAGCUGAACACAUCUAUCUUGGAGGGGAUGCCGUUGCUAAAGAUAGGGAUAUACUGAAAAAGAAUGGAAUUACUCAUGUGCUAAAUUGUGUGGGUUUUGUUUGCCCAGAGUAUUUUAAAGCUGAUUUUGUGUAUAGAACAUUGUGGCUCCAGGAUAGUCCUACUGAAGAUAUUACUAGCAUACUUUACGACGUUUUUGACUAUUUUGAAGAUGUUCGGGAGCAGAAAGGAAAAGUUUUUGUUCAUUGUUGUCAAGGUGUUUCUCGUUCUACCUCAUUAGUGAUUGCAUAUCUAAUGUGGAGGGAGGGUCAGAGCUUUGAUGAUGCAUUUCAAUAUGUGAAAGAAGCUAGGGGUAUUGCUGACCCAAAUAUGGGUUUUGCUUGCCAAUUGCUGCAAUGCCAAAAAAGAGUUCAUGCAUUUCCUCUCAGUCCAAGCUCAUUACUAAGGGUAUACAGGAUUGCCCCUCAUUCCCCAUAUGACCCGUUACAUCUUGUCCCAAAAAUGUUGAACGACCCACUUCCGUCCGCUUUUGAUUCUAGAGGUGCAUUUAUUGUGCAAGUGCCUUCAGCAAUAUAUGUUUGGCUGGGUAAGAACUGCGAAGUUAUAAUGGAGAGGGAGGCAAGAGGUGCUGUGUCUCAGAUUGUACGAUAUGAAAGGGUACAGGUGCCUGCCCAUGUAAUCAAGGAAGGAGAUGAGCCAUCUUUCUUUUGGGACAUCUUCUCUGAUUUAGUGACAGAUAAAUGCGUGAAUGGUGUAAAACAUGCGAAUUCUAAGAAACAACCUGGUGAUAGGAAAGUAGACUCAUAUGAUGUGGAUUUUGAGAUAAUUCAGAAGGCAAUCAAGGGGGGUUUUGUGCCAGCGGUGGCAUCAUCUGAGACUGACUUGGAAACGCAUUUGCCUGCCCGGGAGAACAGUUGGAGUGUGUUGAGACGUAAAUUUGCCUCUGGCCAUAUGAAGGAGUUUGUCUUACCUCCCAAGUUGAUAACGAAUAAACUUCAUACAGAUGUUAGGCUGAAUACUUAUGGAGAUAGUUGUGUCUCCAGCAAUUCACGUAUUUCGGAUGCUACUUUAAUACCCUCAUCAUCCUCAUCGCCUUCUUCUUUGUCAUCACCGUCAUUAUCAUCUUUUUCAUCACCCCAUCUUUCUCCAGAUUCCAUCUUCUCAGAUUCUAGCAAUAACUCAAAGUGUUCCUCAGAGUCUCCUUUGGAGUCUCCACUGUCACUGUCAUCAUCAAUAUCCGCAUUUUCAAAUAUGUCUCUUUCCUCUUCUAAAAAUCCGUCAAAUGAUACUAACCAUCCAGGAUACAUUGAAGUUAACUUUGGUGCGAAUCCUUUGAGAUCCACCAACGUACCUUCCAGAAGGUCACCUCUGUCGUUAGCAGAGCGAAGGGGUAGCUUAUCCCGGUGCUUAACUUUGCCGAUUGGGGCUGGUGAUGGAAGGACGCAAGAAUCUCACCAGGAGUUCUUUGUGGAUAAGCAAGAGUGUAAUAUGAAUGAUAAUUCCUGUUUUUCAUUUGAGCUAGACAAGGGUGGAAUGAUUGCAGAAUGCAAGAAUGCUCGUCUCGAAACACAUCCUGAUACUGAGAAAUUUUCUGGCAGAAGUAGCCCCCAUACAAAUGAAUGUGCUGUAGCAAGUGUUUGUAAUAGUUUAAUUGGGAACUCUAUGUCAACUGCAGGAGUAGUGACAGUAGCUUCAACUAACUGUAAUAAUAGGGGACCUUCUGUUUACCGCUUGCCUGAUCUCAAGAAGGUAUCAGUAUCAGGAGCAUGUGAACUUGAUGCAAGUUUGGCAUAUAUUGUCAUGCCUCCAGGGAGAGCUCCAUGCCCCACCAAGGUUAUAGAUAUCUAUCUUUGGGUUGGCAAGUCUUUCAAAAUUGGUCAAAGUCAACUUUAUGAAAAUAGUAACAUAGGCGAUGUAGACUUAGCUUACUGGACGCGAGUUGGUUCUGAUGUUCUGUCUCGCAUAGGUCUCCCCGAGGAUACCAAUAUCAAGAUUAUCAGAGGAGGAGAAGAACCAGCAGAUUUCCUUGAGGACUUGAGUACAUUGUAGCAGUAUGUUAAUUAGGGAAGAUUUUACUCAUGGAUUCUUGCAUUUAGGCAUUUUUUUAAAGAAAUAUUGCCUAAAAAGCCAUUCUGAGGGUGCAGUUGGUUUAUAGGAUGUGUUAACCAUGGGAGAUGUACAGAAAAGUAGUUAUGUGAUGCUCUCAAAUUUAUGAUUUUCAUGAAGAAUUCCUUUGAAAUUGCAAUACUGAUUUAGUUUGUUGUAUAUACAGUAUUCAGAAUUAGCUACUUACUACUUAGAUUUAAUGGAAAAGAGUUGUUUUUAUGGCAAA